AGCAUCAGCUGCUAUAAUCAGACUACGCUUGUGGUGAUUCCCAGUCUGCAAGGCUUUAUCUCUGAACGCAUCCGCUGUACAUUUCUAAAUAUAUUUACAUCUUAACACAUCGCAUCCAGACGUUCGGACAGAACAGCGGCACUCCAGUCUGAAUCAUGUCUGUAGCGGGAUUCAAGAAGCAAUUCCACAAAGCCACUCAGAAAGUUAGUGAGAAAGUUGGAGGGGCAGAAGGAACUAAAUUAGAUGAAGACUUCAUGCAAAUGGAAAAGAAAGUAGAUGUCACAACAAGGACAGUAAUGGACAUUAUGACUAAGACAACAGAGUAUCUGCAGCCUAAUCCAGCAACUCGUGCUAAAUUGAGUAUGAUGAGCUCCAUGUCUAAAAUCCGAGGAGGUGAUAAAGGUCCUGGUUACACACAAACUGAAGUUGUCCUGGGAGAGUCCAUGCAAAGGUUUGGGCGGGAGCUUGGAGAGGAGUCCAGCUUUGGUCUGGCUCUGAUCGAAGUUGGAGAAGCCAUGCGAGAGCUAGGUGAAGUUAAAGAUGCUCUAGACAUGGAGGUUAAGCAGAACUUUGUUGAUCCCUUGCAGAAUAUGCAUGACAAAGACUUAAAGGAGAUACAGCAUCACCUGAAGAAGCUGGAAGGACGACGAUUGGACUUUGAUUAUAAGAAGAAAAGGCAAGGCAAAGUGACAGAAGAUGAGAUCAAACAGGCACUGGAGAAGUUUGAUGAGUCAAAGGAAGUUGCUGAACAAAGCAUGUUCAACCUUCUAGAAAGUGAUAUUGAACAGGUCAGCCAGCUUUCUGCUCUGGUCCAAGCUCAGGUGAACUACCACAGACAGGCCGCAGAGAUCCUUCAACAGCUAUCCAGCAAGAUAGAGGACAGAAUAAGAGACACUUCCUCUAAGCCAAGAAAAGAAUAUGUUCCCAAACCUCGCACAUCUGUGGAUUUCAGUGAGAAUCAUAAUGGCAAUAUUGGCCUCAGUGGCCCCCCCAGGUCACCAGCUCCAAUGGACCAGCCUUGCUGUCGGGCACUUUAUGAUUUUGACCCUGAAAAUGAGGGUGAGCUGGGCUUCAAAGAAGGAGACAUCAUCACCUUAACCAACAAAAUAGAUGAAAACUGGUAUGAAGGGACUGUCAACGGGCAGUCUGGCUUCUUCCCCGUCAACUAUGUGGAUGUCCUGGUAACCUUACCCCACUAAGUCCUAUGCAUGUACCCUAAUCUUUACCUGACCAAUCAAAUCGCUUCUUCUAUAAGAGAAGAAAACAACCAAAACAAACAGCACAGAAAGAUCCGUUGUGGUUUAUGCGCAUAAGAAAUGAAGACAUUGGGAAUUGUCCUUCCAUAGAUGUUAUUCCUGGUUGGAAUGAAAUGCUACCAUUUUAUUGUAUUAUUUAUUUAUUUUCGUAUUAUUAGAUAAAUAUUUAUGGUUGAUCAGAUCUCUGCAUUGCCUGCUAAGCAUCUCAUGUAUGUCGUUGGUUUUACGUUUGUCUGUUUUCAAUAGCUACAACAAACCAUGAACUGCUCUUUUAACCUACACCCGUUUAAAAAAAAUAAAAUGUCAGCAAUAAUAUACGAACACUCAAUGAGUAAAUGUCUUUAAAUAUUACAUUGUUGAAAGGAGUAUUAAACAAAAUAAAAUGUGUUUUCCUUCCAAUUGUAAAAAUUGCAUGGACUCAAAUAAUCAGAACAAAUUUGAUUUCACCUCUUUCCUGUUCCAAAUGGUUGACUAUAGUGUGAUAUGUUCUACAGUUUGUUUACUGUCUGAAUAAAAAAUGACUGUACAAAUAGAGUAACAUUUAGUAAUUAAAUCACUUGCUGAUUGUGUCACAUUCCUGUCGUCUAAUAAUCUCUUAUGGUCCAUGGAUCCUAUUGCAUAACAUAUCACAUUCCAUAGAUAGCCAGUGUCAUGAAACAAAUAGUUUCAUGUUUGAUGUUAGUGUGUGCGUGCGUGUUUGUAUGUGUAUGACUAUAAAAAUGCCUAUGAUUGCUUGUGAUACCUGUCAUUUGAAUCCAUGAAACUGUGCAUAAUUCUUUCAUUUAUUUUUAUUGUAAAAUGUGUAAUUUCUGAGCCACAGGCAACCACAAUUGUAAUGUAAGACUAGGGCUUUAAAAACAUGUUUUCCCAAUACUUUUUGCGCAUUCCAAAUGUCGGCAGUUUUUGGAAAGACGCACACUCCCUAAACAACUCGCACCGUUUGUGGAGCCAAGUUGGUAGGGGACAGACUAGAUUUGAAAAUGCCUUGUAUGUUUACAGCCUUUGGAAAAAUUCAACCAACAAAUUGAAAAAUAUAUUUUAUCAUAAAAAAAAUGCACACAUCACCUUUAUUCAUCUCUGCCUGUAGUUUUGACAGUAAAAGUGUGUAUACCUGCUUUGAAAGAGGUAUUUAGUUAAAACACUAGUUAGUAUGGUAUUAAUACUAAAUGUAAGACCCUUUUUUUGUUGACAAUCAGGAUUAUAACAGAAAUGAUUUUUUUCCAGUGUUAUCCUCAAUGAGGUCUGUACAGCCUUUUUUGUGAUUUAUUUCCACUGUGUAUAGUCUUGUAACUGUAGUACCAUGUGUUACAUUUGGAUCAGUGUUAAAGCUAAAUAUAGAACAGACACUCAAUAUUUAUUAUUUACUGGAGGAGAAAAGUAGGCAUAGUACAUAUCUUCUCUUUCGCAUGAAUUUUGAAUGACACAUCUGAGUAACAGGCUUGUACUGAUGAAAGAAAAAUAUGUAACCACAAUAAAUGCAAGAGAUUAAUGGUGCACACAG